CGCACUCGACUCAGUUAUAUCGAGACGAUCGUACGAAACACAUUACAUCGUCAAGCACCUAACGAGCGCGCAUAUUACGAACCUAUUAGUUGCGUGAAUCGAGUUGCGUUAUUAUUUUUCUAUUCGUCGCGAAUUUUUCGGAGUUAUAAUGAAUCUGUCGUUCGCCGGCUGCGGCUUCUUGGGCAUCUACCACGUCGGUGUGGCGUGCUGUUUUCGAAAAUACGCGCCCCAUUUGUUGCUGGACAAAAUAUCGGGGGCGUCCGCCGGCGCCAUCGCCGCCUGUUGCCUCAUCUGCGAUCUGCCCAUUGGCGACAUGACCAGCGACGUGCUGCGCGUAUGCACGGAAGCCCGCAGCCGCUCCCUCGGCGCCUUCUCGCCCUCCUUCAACAUCCACCGGCUGCUCCUGGAGAACCUCGAGAAGUUCCUGCCCGAGGACGCGCACGUCCGGUGCACCGGAAAGCUACACGUCUCUCUCACCCGGAUGCACGACGGCAAAAACGUCGUGAUGUCGCAGUUCGAUUCGAGAGAAGAGCUCAUCCAGGCCCUUCUGGCGUCCGCUUUCAUACCGAUUUUCUCCGGUUUGAUACCGCCGAAAUUCAAAGGCGUCCGCUACAUGGACGGCGGAUACAGCGAUAAUUUACCGACGCUGGACGAAAACACCAUCACAGUCAGCCCGUUUUGCGGCGAAAGCGACAUUUGUCCAAGAGACGAUAGCUCUCAAUUAUUCCACAUAAACAUAGCGAACACGAGCAUCGAGCUGUCGAAGCACAACAUGUACAGGAUCGUGAGGAUACUGUUCCCGCCCAGGCCGGAGGUGCUGUCGAACAUGUGCAAGCAGGGCUUCGACGACGCCCUGAGGUUCCUGCACAGGAACAAUCUGAUCAACUGCACGCGGUGCUUGGCCGUGCAAUCGACCUUCGUCGUUUCGGAGACCCUCGACGAGGACCUGGAGUACGAUCCGCAGUGCAAGGAGUGCAAGCUUCACAGGCAGGAGGCGUUGGUGUCGAACGUGCCGGAGUCGGUGCUGAGCAAGUUCCAGGAGGCCAUAGAUAAGGCGAACCACGGGCUGUUGCACUGGUUGUUCAAACACAGGGGGAUGAAAUUGUUGUCUGUGCUUACGUUGCCGUACACUUUGCCGGCUGAUGUGAUGUACGCCACGUUCACCAAAUUUCGGACGUAUUCUACGAACAGGGGUAGUUUAAUCGUUUACAGGGACUCGGCGAGGUACGAUUUCGUGAAUUUCAUAGGCGAGAUUUACGAAAGCAAAUCGUAUGAGUUAGGAUUGCGGGGUAAUGCCGUUUUAAUCCCGCCGUAUUUCUCGUGCAGUCGACAUUUGUGUACACGAAGAUUUAUGGUAGCGGCUCCGCAAAUGGGCAACGGAGUUUGGGAACUGAGCAAAGUUUUCAUGGACAAACUCUCUUAUCUACUUAACAAAAUAAAUAGGAAGAGACAACAGCUCAGCGCCAAAAUCACCUGCCAAUUAGCCAUCACGGAAUACGAUAAAUACGAUGUGGAAUCCUGCCAAGAUUUGAAGAGCGAAAACAAGAUGAACUUGAACUUUACGUUGAAAUUAGAAGACAGCGAUUUACCGCUAACCCAAAGCCCCGUGCGCCGCUUCAAAACCAAGGAGAUCCUACAAAGAAAACCCAGCUUCACCGUCAACAGGACAGAUACAUUGGACAACGACACGUUCGAUCACAUACUGCAAGUCACGUCGCAACACGACACCAUCAUGGCCUACUAUUAUUUGGACGAAAACAACAAGGUGAAAGUGACGGAAAUAUUCGACGUGUCGAACAGUGAUUCGCCGAUAGUGCAAACUUCCCACGAGAAAUUGGCCAAUCGAAAUCUGGAAUUCGACGACAAUUGGCAGGAUGAAAUCGACGCCGAUUGGAACGGACAAGAUUCCAAUAGCGCCGACGGCGCUUCGCAAUACGACAUCGACGAGAUCCUGGACAGGGAGCCGAUAUUCUCGGAUCCCGAGAGCGAGUGGACGGGAUCGUUCAAAAUCGACGAGCCGGAGGAGUUCUGCUCGGCCGACGAUCACCGACCGGAGUCCGAGCGCCCUCGGCAGGAGAAGUUCGAGCAGGAGCAGAAGGAGAAGGUCGCCGCGUGAUUCUUCGGGACUCCGCGAGCGGCGCUGAUGGCCCGAGCGAUUUCUAUUUGGUCUGCGGGAAUUGACGCGAUUUAAUUGUGCUGUGCUUUUUGAAAUCUGUUGGUUGUGAAAACGAAACGAAAUCGGUUAAAAUGAUAUUUAACGUUUAUAUUAUGUAUAAUUUAAGAUAAAUAUGUACCUAUAAUACCUGUAUGUAUAGGCUAUACGCGAAAAAUUACCUAUCUAUACACCGAACUGUUGAAAUUCUUGUCAAUGACGUCGUUACUCAGCGAGGGCUCUUAUUGGUUGUUAAUAAAAUCGACGUAAAACAGAGCAUUGUGAUUCGCCAAACUCGGUGACGUCACUGACUACAGUUACUGCCUUUGGGUAUACUUUUAGUGUUUAUAUUUUUUAUACGAUUGUUUAGGAAAAUUUUUAAAUUAACAUUUGCUGUGUCAUAAUUACAAAUUUAUUUAUUUGAUAUUUAAUAUUAGAAUAAAUAAUGCGGGGCGAUUCACGGGAAUUGAUGUACCUCCGAAAAUCCACCGGACUCGAAUCUGGUCAGUAGUGAGGCUGAUGUAACAAUUCGAGUGAAGUACCUUACUAAAUAUGUAGUAUUUUAUACCAGUAAUAUUUCAAUCACGACAAUAAUAAUAAACACGUUUUAGUGGUUUUUUUAUAAUGCAUGACAAAAAUACGCCGAUUUUCUAAAUAUAAGUUAACAAAUCUUCAACAGUUUCCUCAAUAUACUCAUCACAUUUUAUUACAAUUUAUUAUUUAAGCAAAACAUUUUUUAUAGCAUUAAUUUAUCAUUAUACUUUAUUAUGCACCGUCUUGAUACUGGUUUAUUUUUGAUAGUUAAUUACAAUUAGGAUAAAUGAAAUUAAAGAAAAAAAUGUGAUAUAAUAACAUGUAUCUAUUUUUAUAAUGAACA